UUGGCGGGCGUCAGCCCAGCUCGUCCCCUCUUCCUGGCAACAAACAGCCAGGACAAGGAGGAGCUUCGGAGGUUGCCCGAGAUGGUCUUGCAUCACUUCGGGGCGGCGACCCGCCUGCUGCAGGAGAUCGACCUCUUUGCUGCCAUCCCGCCAGAGGCUCGUCCUGUGGUAGAGCUGCUGAUAGCGGCAGAUGCCACGAGCUUUGUGGGAAAUGCCAUCAGCACGUUCUCCAUGAACAUCCUCAUGGAGCGCGACGUGCUUGGCAAGCACCGGAACAGCACCAUCUUCCAGGGCCUGGGCAGCGUGGACAGCUGGGGCUAG